GAGGAAGUCGAAACAGAACAGAACAGAACAGAAAGAAAAGAACAGAACAGAGGGAAAGAAAAGCGAAAGCGAAAGCCAAAAGCCAAAAUUGUAAAUGCUCCGUGUAAACACUUGAAAGCUCGUUAGGAUAAUACAUCCUGUGCCUGCCACCACACACACGCACACAAAUAAACGAGAAAGGGACAUCGGUAGAGGGCACAAAGGGCAUCUCCUUGUGUCACCAUGCGCCGCCAACAGUGUCUGAGUAGCCGCCAUCAGGACAAGCAGCAGCACCUCAGCCAGUACUACCAGCACAGCCACAGCUGCACCCACACUCACAGAGCCACACAGCAGGUACAGGACGAGUGCCCUUUUCAGGCCAUUGCCAUUGCAUAGUCGCGCUUCCGUUUCCGUCUGCUCACUCGCUUGCCUCAUUUCCGCUGCGGCUGCAAUUAAGCGAACAACCCCGAAAAGUAUCAGCAAAAUGGCGCGCGAGACCAAAUUUAACGAUGCACUCGACUACAUUUACAUAGCCAAUACCAUGAAUGAUAACGCCUAUCUCAUAGCGGAGCCCCAGCCCGAUCUCCCCGAUGACGACCACGACAAGGACGAUGAUGAGGAGGAGCAAGAGGCAGAGGAUACGAACAAUAACAAGCAGAGAAAGCAUUACUAUGGCUCUGGGCCUGAAAAGAGAAAACAUUUCCGGAGCUCCCUAGCGCUGAGUGCAACUACCACCGACCCUACCACCGGCCCUACCUCACCCCUGACCACAGCCGCCCUAGCCGCAGCUGCAGCGAGUGCCUCAGUGGCCGCCGCAGCAGCCAGGAUCACAGCCAAGGCUGCCCACCGAGCUCUGACCACCGCAGGAGGAUCGAGCAAUGGCAAAGAGGUGGCGUUGGCGACGGCGACAGCGACAGCGACGGCGACGACGCUCCAGCUUAUCGAUCUGGACAACAAUUAUACGAAUGUGGCCGUGGGCCUGGGGGCGAUGCUGCUCAAUGACACACUGCUUCUGGAGGGCAGCAACAACGACUCAAUGCUGGGCAUCUUCGGUGACAUGGGGAAUCGGAGCGGGCAACUGGAUAUGGUCAAUGGCAGUGCGGGGAGCAAUGUGACGACCAGCGAAGUGGCAGAAGAUGAUUUCACGCAUCUGCUGCGGAUGGCAGUAACCUCGGUGCUGCUUGGCCUGAUGAUACUGGUCACCAUCAUUGGCAAUGUGUUUGUUAUAGCCGCCAUCAUAUUGGAGCGAAAUCUGCAGAACGUGGCCAAUUAUCUGGUGGCCUCGCUGGCCGUGGCCGAUCUGUUUGUGGCCUGCCUGGUGAUGCCCCUGGGAGCCGUGUACGAGAUCAGCCAGGGCUGGAUACUCGGCCCGGAGCUGUGCGAUAUCUGGACCUCCUGCGACGUCCUCUGCUGCACUGCCUCCAUUCUGCACUUGGUGGCCAUAGCCGUGGAUCGCUAUUGGGCGGUGACCAACAUUGACUACAUCCAUUCGAGGACCAGCAACCGGGUCUUCAUGAUGAUCUUCUGUGUGUGGACGGCGUCGGUGAUUGUCUCGCUGGCGCCGCAGUUCGGCUGGAAGGAUCCGGACUAUCUGCAGCGCAUCGAGCAGCAGAAGUGCAUGGUCUCGCAGGAUGUCUCCUAUCAGGUCUUUGCCACCUGUUGCACGUUUUAUGUGCCGCUGCUUGUUAUCCUGGCGCUUUAUUGGAAAAUCUAUCAAACGGCCCGCAAACGCAUUCAUCGUCGCCGACCGCGUCCGGUCGAGACGGCCGUCAAUAAUAAUCAGCCGGAUGGAGGUGCGGCAAGCGAUACAAAACUUAAUCGACUGCGUCUACGCCUUGGAAGAUUCUCAACGGGCAAGACCAAGGGCGGAAACCUAGCCGGAGGAGCUGGAGGAGGGGCGGCAGCAGCAGCAGCAGCGGCAGGAGGCGGUGGUGGUGGCUCCACCGGCACGGCCCUGUGCCUGGUCGAAGGAAACUCAACAAAUACGGUCAACACUGUGGAGGACACCGAGUUCAGUAGCUCGAAUGUGGAUAGCAAGAGUCGUGCUGGCGUCGAGGCACCCAGCACAUCGGGCAACCAGAUAGCCACCGUCUCCCACCUGGUGGCCCUGGCCAAGCAGCAGGGCCAGGCGGCAACAAAGUCGGUGGCAACCAAUGGCGCUGUAGAGAUUGGCAACGGAAAGCAGGAGGCAGCAGCCACAACCGCAACAUCAGCAACGCCGGCGGUGGCCACGGGCACAGCAUCAGCAGCAGCGUUAGCAGCAGCAUCGCCCACAGAGGAUGGGGAGGACAGCGCACUGGGCAAGGCGAAUGGCUCUGGGGUUGCCGUGGAGGUGCUUGAGGAUCCGCAACUGCAACAGCAGCUGGAACAAGUGCAGCAGAUACAAAAAACUGCCAAAUCCGGUGGCGGUGGGGCCAGCACUUCGAAUGCCACCACGAUUACAUCGAUAUCGGCACUCUCCCCGCAGACACCCACUUCGCCGACAGGGGGUGAGGGCGGCCCAGUGGCACCGCAGGCCGCCGGUCCGAUGACGGCAAGAACCAGUACGCUGACAAGCUGCAACCAGGAACAUCCGCUGUGCGUCUCUACCAGCUCCAUACCCGUGACGCCCGAGCCGCGAUCCAAGCAGCACCCAGGCUCGGCCGCAGCCGGAGCACCCCAUCCGACGGCGUCCCAUCAGCAGCUGUCGAGCAUUGCCAAUCCCAUGCAGAAGGUGAACAAGCGCAAGGAGACGUUGGAGGCGAAGCGCGAACGGAAGGCGGCCAAAACACUGGCCAUCAUCACGGGCGCAUUCGUGGUCUGCUGGCUGCCCUUCUUCGUGAUGGCCCUAACGAUGCCACUGUGCGACGCCUGCCAGAUCAGCGACAGCGUGGCCUCGCUCUUCCUCUGGCUGGGCUACUUCAACUCCACCCUCAAUCCGGUUAUCUACACCAUCUUCAGCCCGGAGUUUCGGCAAGCUUUCAAGCGCAUUCUAUUCGGCGGACACCGACCAGUCCACUAUCGCAGUGGGAAGCUUUAGAUAGUGCAUGCGAAGAGGCGAAGACGCUUCUGCUAAGCCUGCAAGUGGAUGCAGGUCUUACCUCUUCGGCUAUACACAACAGCUUCGGGGCAGAGCAAAUCCAACGUAUACUAAAGAUGACUUUAGACGAUGCAUGGGAGGCACGCCUGGAACAACCCAACCCCUAGAUCGUACGAGUGUAAAUAGCUAAGCUAAAUGUGGUUAAAUUAAUGUUAACGUUUACCUAUGCAAAUACGAGUACUAUAUUAUAGUUAAUUCGCUGUUAGAUCUAGCUUAAUUUAUAAAUGCCAAGUGGAGACUGUUUUUGGAAGCAAACUGAAGCGUUGAAUUGAUUGAAAUGCCACCAAGAGAUACAAAACACCUAUAUAUAAUCAAAAUAAUUAGUUUUAAGCGGCUAACCCCCCAUACACGAGUAAAUAUAUGUACCUAUAUACUAUAUAUAUACAAAUACUUAGAGAUCUCUAAUUCCUAAACUUUUUAUGUGUGUUUUGAACUUGAUGUGAAUUGUAUAUGUACUUAGACAUAGCUCUAUAGAUGAUAGAUAGCAUUCCCUCUCUCUCUCACUCUCUCUAACUCUUCUGCUUCGAGGGAACGGGUCAUGGGAAGUGAAGGGAGGCCAAGGCAUUGGAAUCGUUAUAACUGAAGCGAGUACUCGAUUAUGUAUAUUGUAUAUGUAUAUUAUAGCUAUAUGGCGCCUCUAUCUAGCGACAUUUAAUGUGUGCAAUGAUCUGAGCGAUCGAUUUGAGCAUCGUACUAUACUGUAGGUACAUAAUAUCGAUAGAUUCUAUUGUAAAGUAAAUUACUCGCAUUGUCGAACCCAAAAACAAGAAACCAGUUUAAAUGAAAUUUAAACGUAUUGUUAAAGACACACAUAUUUAAAUUAUACGAGUGUAUGUACAUUUAAAGCUGUUGUACGAUUACUAAAUACUAAGGACGAGUUAUUAUGGUUAUUAUGGGCAAGGAUUUCUUUGAAUAAGAUCGCAUAUUGUUAGCAGAAGGUUCGUUCGCCUAAGGUGGCCGCGAAAACUUGUAAUAUUUGAAGAGCAAACUACUUUCGGGAAAAAUGGGUAAAACAUAAUUAGUAAAACCAAGCAGACACGCAACAAAUAGAGUGCGGCAUAUUCUAGUUAAGAUUAAGCGAAUAUCACAAUGUUUUACAAACUACUCGAAAUCAAAAUCAAAACUCUACAAAAUCCUUAAGCAGAAACCAUUUCUUAGCCGCUAAGUGUUUACAAAUACAUGUCUAUAUACGGAUAACAAUAGAAC